UGACAGACAGAUCUACCGAAUGGUUUCCUGCCGUGCUCUGUACUUAGACGUACAGGUUAGACCCACAUAAUAUUUAUAUAUGAAGCUGCCUUUGAAUUCCGAACGAAGCUCUCUCUUACCACCAGCACUGUGUAGUCGCGUUACAAUUUGUGAGGACGUUGUUUAGUAGUGUCGUUACCGAUAAAGAGAUUUCGGAAACUUUUGGCUCUCUGGUUUAGAUUGUGGGGACAUAGAGACAGGCGUUUGACCUCGGUUUUUGUGUGUGUUUGUGUGAUUCUGGAUUACUAAGUUGACUGUGGGCCUUGGUUUGGACACUUCUUCUAAGGUACCGGCGUGAAACGGGAAGACGGAAUUGGGAAGACAUUGUCUGUUGGAAGAAGAACUCAAUAGGUUCACAUCGGGAAUCACAUCAUCCAGUAUUUUACAAAGAUUGAUGCCGAGAGACACUGGAGACACCUCUCGUGCCAGGACUACGAAUAUUCAAAAGUUAUACGGAUAUUAGGAAUAGAUUCCGAAUAUAAAUUCAGCUGGUUCUUGUAGAACGCAACUCUACAUUGCAACAUAAUAUUGAAAAAACUUUCACUAUUCUGUGAACAAACAAGGAUCGUUUGGAUAAGUUCAAAACUUUCACCGUUGGAAUUGGUGGUGUCUUCGUGUGUGUGCGUGUGUGUGUGUGGAAUUAUUCGCCAGUGUGGACAGAGUGCAGUGACCUGGGGAACAUACGGACUAACCUAUUGUGUACUUUGUGGCGAGUUAUGACGUCAGGAUAUCAUGCUGGACAUUUUUGAGAACACGUAGGCGGACCGAGCAAAGAUGGGGAAGAAGACGAAAGCUAACGGGAGUGGCGGGAAGGUCAAGAACGGCCUGGUCCGCUCUAUCAGCCAGGCCCUGGAUGGAGAUGACCCCGAUGACCACGCUUUUUGUCUGGGCGUGUCCAAAGUUCCUGUCAGUAGGGCGGGGCUUCUGUCUCGUGCCUCCUUCUGGUGGAUGUGGCGCAUUAUGAUUGGCUUGUACCGGCACGGCUUCAAGUGCCUCUUCAACUUGACAUGGUGGGAAGAGGACUCCGCCGAGCACAACGCAGAGCUUCUGGAGAAGAGCUGGCAGGCAGAGCUUCAGGCCAAGGGUCCAUGUCAAUCAUCGCUAGGCCGCGCCCUCCGCUCGGCCUACAAACCGCAGCUUCUGCGAGCUGUCGUCAUCAUUCUGAUCACCCUGUCUUUCUCUUUUAUUGGCUCGGCCUGCGUGAUGCGGCUGCUGUUAGACCACAUCUCCUCUGCCAACCCCGACAACAACGACAACACCACCAACGACAACGACAACAUCUGGCGCGGUGUGGCUAUCGUGCUAGGCCUUAUUGUGUGUGAGCUGUGCCGCUCCUUCACCUUCUCGCUCACAUGGAGCUUCAACUAUCUCAAUGGUACCCGCGGCAGAGCUGCUGCAGUCAGUCUUCUGUACAGAAAAAUUCUCAGACUGCGAAGUUUACAAGACAAGAAAAUCGGCGAGGUUGGCUUGAUGACGGAAGUCCUCACGUGCAUGAAGCUCAUCAAGAUGAAUGGCUGGGAACCUUCCUUCAUAGGACGAAUCACCAAUGCAACUUUUGGAAGGUGAGAUCAAAUUGUCUGGCUCGAUGGCGUUCCUAAGCCAGGAGCCUUGGAUCAUGAACGGAACAGCCCGAGAAAACAUCCUCUUUGGCCGAGACUUUGACAAAGACAGGUACGAUCGCAUUAUCAAAGCUACGAAACUGGACAAAGACUUUGAAACUUUCAGCGCCGGAGAUGAAGUUGAGAUCGGAGACAGGGGUCUGACCCUCUCUGGUGGUCAGAAACAGCGCGUGUGCCUGGCCCGGGCCCUGUACAGCCAGUGUGACGUGUACCUGCUGGACGACCCUCUGUCUGCCGUGGACGUGAACAUGGGCAGACACAUCUUCGCCCAGUGCAUCAAGACCAUCCUCCACGACAAGACCAUCUUUAUGGUCACUCACCACCUGGAGUACCUGCCGAAGUGUGACAAGGUUCUCCUGCUGCAGGACGGUCGAGUGGUGUCCUUUGGCUCCCACAGUGAGCUCAUGGCUAGUGGCGGGCAGUACGCUGAGCUGUUCACGCUCUAUAACACCAAGUACGACCGGAUUCUCAAGGAGAGAAUGAAGAGCAAGACGAAGGGGGAUGUUCGCACAGUUCUGCAGCGAGGGUUUUCCCGCGUGUCUAAAAAGACUCUGACCAGACAACUGACCCGUAUGUCCACUGUGACUGCCAGCGUUCAGCACCAGUUCAGUGUGGUGUCCUCUACUAGCGUGUGUGCGGAGUAUGAGAACGUGGACAUCGAAGACCUGGUCAGUGCCCGUGACCAGCCAGACUGCCAAGUGCGCAUGCGAAGCUACGCCUCCUACAUCCGGGCCAUGGGUGGCGUGGUCGUGUUUGUGUUCCUGCUGGCCAGCUUCAUUGUCAGCAUUGCCAUCCAGUCGCUGACCACUGGCUAUUUGGCCUACUGGCUCAACCAGGGAGCUGGACACACGAAUGUAAGUUCUCCAAGUAACAUCAGCUACGACAUCAACAGCACCGUCAUCAACAGCAACAGCACCACCAACAACAUCAUCAUCGCCACACCCAGCAACAUCAUCAUCAGCAACAACAACAACAACAACAGCAGCAGCAGCCACAGCGAUGUGGGGUCAGACAGCGCCUUCGAAAACCCCCACGUGAACAUGUACGCCCUGGUCUACGGAAUGUUUCUGCUGGCAACGCUCGUCAUCCUUGUGCUACGCUCGCUUGUUUUUGUCAAGAUUUUACUGAAGGCUUCUAGCAGUCUGCACCGCAGCUUAACCGAGAUGACCUUGAGAAGUCCAAUGAAGUUCUUCGACACUACGCCUAUUGGCAUCAUUCUUAAUCGGUUCGCUGCCGACAUGGACGAGAUCGACGUCCGACUCCCCGCCAACUGCGAGCUGUUCCUCCAGAACAUCUUCCUUGUCCUCUCCGCCCUCCUCCUCAUCUCCGUGGUGUUCCCCUGGGACCUGCUGGCCAUCCUCCCUCUCGCCAUCGUCUUCUGCCUCCUGGCCUGGAUGUUCGCGCCCGUCCUGCAACGGCUCAAGUUCAUGGACAACGUGACCAGGUCUCCGUGCCUCAGCCACAUGGCGGCGUCCGUGGAGGGGAUCGCCACCAUCUCGUCCUUCAACCAGGGCGAGCGCUUUUAUCUCAGGUUCUGUGAGUUACUCAACCGCAACAGUGUUCCCUUCUUCCUCUUUUACGCCGCUAACCGCUGGCUCGCCGUGUUCCUGGACAGCAUGACGGUCAUCGUUACCGGGGCAACGGGCUUCCUGGUCAUAUUUACUCUCAGUCCGGAGAACAGCUCACAGGCGGGGCUGGCGCUCUCCUUUGCUAUACAGAUAACCAGUUUGGUUCAAUACACUCUGAGGUUGUCUAUGGAGACCAUGUCUCGGUUUGCCUCUGUGCAGAGGAUACAAGACUAUGUGGAGAUUCAGUCUUUAGAUGGAGGUUUGGAAACAUUGGUGGAGGAGAACGGCCGCAACUUCUCCAUGGGGGAGAGGCAGCUUCUGUGUCUGGCAAGGACACUGCUCAGAAACACAAAGAUCCUGGUACUUGAUGAGGCCACCUCGUCUAUCGACGCCACCACUGAGUCCCUGGUACAGCAGACGAUACGAGAGUGCUUCAGGAACUGCACGGUGCUCAUGAUAGCUCACAGAAUCAACACAGUGUGGGACUGUGACAAAGUGCUCGUCAUGGAGGCUGGCAAGGCUGUGGAGUUCAACCACCCAUCAGUACUCUUGCAGAAGUCUUUCUCACGUUUCAAAAAUAUGUUUGACGUCAUGAAAUCCACGCCCAGAGGGGCGUCAGUCAACGAAGACCCACCCCAAAACGAAAGAACGUCCUACCCGCGGCCUUCCACAUCCCCUCGCCUCACGUCAGCUUCUCAUCUGCGCAUGUCUUCGACGUCCCCGCUUGGAGAUUUAUCGUACCUUAGGGACUCUGUCAUUUAUGAUGAUGAUGAUGCUGACGCCGUUUUGUGAAGUCUUAAUUGAAAAUUUAUCAUUUUGAUGACAGUGUUGUGAGGUCAUAAUUAAUCUUUAUAAUGGCCAAAUUGUGUUGUUAGGUAAUAUUUAAUAAUUAUGACAACGAUGCUGUGUUGUUAGGUCAUAAUUAUAUGUCGCAACAUUGGAUUGUUGGAAGUGGGAACCUUUGACUGAUCUUCAAAGCAGUACACAUCCAGGAAACGAAUAUUUGUACGGCUGGGACUACAAAUGACUUGUAUAUAUA